CCUCCGCAGCUGUUGCUCCUCUUCUCUCAUCUCCAUCUCUAUCUCCAUCUUACGUUUGUUCAGCUAUUGCUCGGAUCGACAAUCGCUGAACCCAUCGCAUGAUGGCUCCCCCUCAAGCUCCCGUGGAACCCCCCAAGAGGCGCCGCAUCGGUGUCUUGACCUCUGGUGGCGAUGCUCCCGGUAUGAACGGCGCCGUCCGGGCUGUCGUCCGUAUGGCCAUCCACUCCGACUGUGAGGCUUUUGCCGUUUUUGAAGGUUACGAGGGUCUCGUCAAUGGUGGCGACAUGAUCCGUCAGCUACACUGGGAAGAUGUCCGCGGCUGGUUGUCCCGUGGUGGUACCCUCAUCGGUUCUGCCCGCUGCAUGACCUUCCGCGAGCGCCCCGGUCGUCUCCAGGCCGCCAAGAACCUGAUCCUCCGCGGCAUUGACGCCUUGGUCGUGUGUGGUGGUGAUGGUAGUUUGACUGGUGCUGACGUCUUCCGCUCCGAGUGGCCCGGUUUGUUGAAGGAAUUGGUCGAAAAGGGCGAAUUGACCAAGGAGCAGGUCAAGCCAUACCAGAUCUUGAACAUUGUUGGAUUGGUGGGUUCGAUCGACAACGACAUGUCCGGAACAGAUGCCACCAUCGGCUGCUACUCGUCUUUGACUCGUAUCUGUGACGCGGUCGACGACGUCUUCGACACGGCCUUUUCCCACCAGCGUGGUUUCGUUAUCGAGGUCAUGGGACGCCACUGCGGUUGGCUCGCCUUGAUGGCGGCCAUCAGCACUGGUGCCGACUGGCUGUUUGUGCCCGAGAUGCCGCCCAAGGACGGUUGGGAGGAUGACAUGUGUGCUAUUAUUACCAAGAACAGAAAGGAACGCGGAAAGCGGAGGACGAUCGUUAUCGUGGCCGAAGGAGCCCAGGACCGGAACCUGAACAAGAUCUCCAGCUCGAAGGUCAAGGAUAUUCUGACGGAGCGGUUGAACCUGGAUACCCGUGUGACGGUGCUCGGUCACACACAGAGAGGUGGUGCGGCCUGUGCCUACGACCGCUGGUUGUCCACGUUGCAGGGUGUGGAGGCGGUCCGCGCCGUGCUGGACAUGAAGCCCGAGUCCCCGUCUCCGGUCAUCACCAUCCGUGAGAACAAGAUCCUGCGCAUGCCCUUGAUGGAGGCGGUGCAGCACACCCAGACCGUCACCAAGCACAUCCAGGCCAAGGAGUUUGACCAAGCGAUGGCCCUCCGCGACUCGGAGUUCAAAGAGUACCACUUUUCCUACAUUAACACUUCCACUCCCGACCAUCCUAAGCUAUUGCUUCCUGAGAACAAGAGAAUGCGUAUCGGUAUCAUCCACGUCGGUGCUCCGGCUGGUGGUAUGAACCAGGCCACCCGGGCUGCUGUCGCCUACUGUCUUACUCGCGGCCACACCCCUCUUGCUAUUCACAACGGUUUCCCCGGUUUGUGUCGCCACCAUGAUGAUACCCCGGUCUGCUCCGUGCGCGAGGUCGCCUGGGAGGAGUCGGACAGCUGGGUCAACGAGGGUGGUUCCGAUAUCGGCACGAACCGUGGCCUGCCCGGUGACGACCUUGAGUCGACCGCCAAGUGCUUCAAGAAGUUCGGAUUCGACGCGCUGUUCGUGGUGGGUGGAUUUGAAGCGUUCACGGCCGUUAGCCAGCUCCGCCAGGCGCGUGAGAAGUACCCGGCCUUUAAGAUCCCGAUGACGGUGCUGCCGGCCACCAUCUCCAACAACGUGCCGGGCACGGAAUACUCGCUGGGCAGUGACACCUGUCUCAACACGCUGAUCGAUUUCUGUGACGCCAUCCGCCAGUCGGCCUCGUCGUCCCGUCGUCGUGUCUUCGUCAUCGAGACCCAGGGUGGCAAGUCGGGUUACAUUGCGACCACGGCCGGUCUGUCGGUCGGCGCGGUGGCCGUGUACAUUCCCGAGGAGGGUAUUGAUAUCAAGAUGCUGGCCCGCGACAUUGACUUCCUGCGCGACAACUUUGCCCGUGACAAGGGUGCCAACCGGGCGGGUAAGAUCAUCCUGCGCAACGAGUGCGCGUCGAGCACGUACACGACGCAGGUGGUUGCGGACAUGAUCAAGGAGGAGGCCAAGGGUCGGUUCGAGAGCCGUGCGGCGGUGCCGGGACACUUCCAGCAGGGUGGCAAGCCGUCGCCGAUGGACCGGAUCCGGGCGCUGCGGAUGGCGACCAAGUGUAUGCUGCAUCUGGAGAGCUACGCAGGCAAGACGGCGGAUCAGAUUGCGGCGGACGAGAUGUCGGCGUCGGUGAUUGGUAUCAAGGGCUCGCAGGUGCUGUUCUCGGCGAUGGGCGGAGCUGACGGACUGGAGGCGACAGAGACGGAUUGGGCGCGUCGUCGGCCGAAGACGGAGUUCUGGCUGGAGUUGCAGGAUACGGUCAAUAUUUUGUCUGGCCGGGCGAGCGCAAGGGAUGCUGCGUGGACGUGCUACGAGAGGACCUAGCGGUUGACAUGAUGCGCUGGUUGAUGAUUCCGCGCUAUGAAUGGAUGAUUAAUGGUAGAUUUAUGCAGAGACUAUCGCUUGCACUAUUCCCUGUAGAUUGUUACAGAUGGUAUUAAUUCUUAGCAGCAACAGUCAGACUGACUUUGCCCAACCGAUAGUUAAAAAAGAAAACAAUGUCUAUCACCAC